UUCAUGAUUGGGAUGACUUUUCAUGGACUGUAACUGAGCUUUGUUAUUCUCUGUCCACAGUUAUUUGAUUGUUUACUUGUCUGAUUAAUUAUGCAAUUUCCUUUCAUAGGUUUCCACAAAAAUUUUGAAUGGUGAGAAACUCUUUGAAACCAUUAACUUCAUCCGUUGACCAUUUUAAGUCAUAAAGUAAAUCUGUGAAUCCUUCAAUCAUCUACAGAUUGAAUUCAGUCAGUUCUUGUUCAAUCAUUUAAUAACCAGCAGCUUUACUAGAUAAUUGUCCAUUAGUGUCCAAAAUAUCUUUGAAUUUUUUACAAUUUCAUUUUGUUUGUGAAACAGUUUUUUGAAAUCAGUUAUUGAUUGGAAGUCAAUUGGGUCAUUGAUCAAAAACUCAACCACAAUAAAGAAUAGACAAUAAAAAAGCAGAUUCAUGGCAGUUAUUUAAAGGCUUAUUAUGCCUAUUAAGGUAACCAACUUUAUAUUCAAUCGCAAAUCUCAUCAGUAUAAAAACGUUAACAUUAUUUGUGCAAAAAAGUUUCAAGUUAUGCGUUGCAAUAAUUCAAAAGCCAUAGCAGUUGAUGAAUUAGUUUAAGGAUUGAUUCAGUGAUUGUUGGACUUAGCAUAACAUUUCAUCAAAUAUUUACUUAUAUUCAACAAAUCAUCAAUAAGUUUGUGUUUCAUUUAGUGUUGAUUCAAAUUACUCAGAAAAAAUGGUCCGACUUCGGUCGAUUAUAUACAAAAAAUCAUCAUACGAACAAGCAAAUGUUUUUUCAAAGUUUGCUUUCUGGUGGUUGGUUAAAUUUUUCGUCGAGUUUCAGGAUAAAAAGUUGAAAACAAGUGAUCUUGAAAAGUGUCCAAAAAAUGAGGAAUCUGAAAGGAUUGGUGAUACUCUUGAAAGGAAGUGGAACGAAGAACUUCGCCGAGCCAAAGAAAGUGGACGCCAACCAAGGCUUGGUUUAGCAAUUACAAGAACUUUCGGUCUUCGUUACUCUUUUACCUUCAUACUUCUGGCUCUAUCGACGGCAUGCAGCAUAAUACAAACGCUGUGCAUGGGAAGUUUAAUUAAUGAUGUAUACACAUUGACGUUGCAUGAUGUUAAACCAGAAAUAGUGAAGAGGCGAAUUUAUCUGGCUGGAAUCGGAGUAAUAGUAACACAAUUUUUGGGUUCUUUUGUACAAAAUUUGUAUCUAUUUUUGGCCCGAAAAUUUGGAAUUGCAGCUCGAGUAGCUUGUUCUGUCUUAAUCUACCGUAAAUCACUUCGAUUGUCCCAGAAAGCAUUAGGUCAAACAACAGUCGGUCAGAUUGUUAACUUGUUGACUAACGAUAUAACUCGUUUUGAUUUUGCUUCUGAAUACCCAUUCUAUCUGAUAGUAGCUCCAAUUCAAGCACUGGUUUGCAUCUACAUAAUGUGGCCUCUUCUGGGCAUUUCAACCGUUGUCGGUCUAGCAGUUUUCCUAUUCUAUGUGCCCUUUCAAUCAAUCAUGGGACACGCAUUUGCUAAGCUUCGUCUUUGGGGUGCUCUUCGUAUGGAUGAACGUAUUCGUUUGAUGAAUGAAUUCAUACCAGCCAUGAGAGUUAUCAAAAUGUAUGCUUGGGAAAAGUCGUUUGCAGGUCUAGUUGACAGAGCACGACGUCGUGAGAUCAACUGUGUUCGAUGCGCUGCCUUUUUAAGAGGUCUCAACUUAGGACUUGGAACUGUCGCUGAAAAACUUAUCAUGUUUGUCACCCUGGUAACAUUCGUUCUUUUGGGUAAUCGUUUGACCGCUGAAACUGUGUUUGUAUCGAUGGCACUAAUCAGACAACUUCAACAGUCAAUUACCGUUUUCAUACCAGCUGCUAUUACAAUGGGAUGUGAGUCUUGGAUUACAAUUGGAAGAAUUGCAAAAUUUUUACUUCUCCCUGAACGGGAAUCAUCUGAACCAAUUGGAAGGUCAAUUAGUUCGUCAAAAGAGACUAAAGUAGUUUUUGAAAAAGUAUCUGCAAGUUGGAAAGAUUCACCCGACGAGUUAUGUUUACAAAACAUAUCUUUUGAUAUUUCACGAGGCCAAUUAAUGGCCAUUGUUGGAACAGUCGGUUCUGGUAAAUCUUCACUACUUAUGGCUAUUCUAGGAGAGAUUGGAAUUGUUACUGGCAAAUCAGAAGUACGAGGUAAUUUAUCAUUUGCUUGUCAACAAUCAUGGAUUUUUGAAGGUUCUGUUCGAGAAAAUAUCUUAUUUGGCAGAUCAUACGAGGAAGAACGGUACAAAAGAGUAAUCGAAGUGUCUGCAUUGGAACGAGACUUGUCUAUACUUCCAAUGGGCGAUGAAACAUUGGUGGGUGACAAAGGGACAUCAUUGAGUGGUGGUCAACGAGCAAGAGUCAACUUGGCUCGAUGUCUCUAUGCUAAAGCUGAUAUCUAUCUACUUGACGAUCCACUUUCAGCUGUUGAUGCUCCAGUGGCCAAACAUAUAUUUGAAAAAAGCAUAAAAAACUAUUUAGGAGAUAAGAUAACCAUUCUUGUUACCCAUCAAUUACAAUUUGUUAAAUCGGCUGAUAAAGUGUUGCUAUUGAAGGGAGGUAAACAAAUAUGUUUUGGUGAUUAUAAUUCAUUUUUGAAGGAAGGAUCUGAAUUCACAAGCAGCAACAAAAUCUUACAAUUGGAAUCUCAAGAUGAUUCCAACAUUGCACGUCCACCUAUUCCUCUUCUUAGACGAUUGAGUCGUCAAUCAUCUCGACUUAGCGACAUUACAGCAGGUUCUGUAAUGACUUUACCUGAAAUGCCAGAUGAACCUCCAGUAGCACCAGAUGAUGAUUCAGAUGAGAUUCCUCUUGCUGACCAGACUAUUCAAGAACUGGCUGGAGUUAGAGGCAGUGAACAUCCUCUUUGGACUUACUUUAAAGCCGGAAUUCAUCCACUUUUAUUUCCUCUAUUAGCAUUUUAUGUUAUUGGUGCUCAAGCACUGAUUGGUUUUGUUGAAUAUUACUUUUCGCUUUGGUCAGAUUCGGAAGAACGAAAAGCACGAGCUGCUGAUGAAGCUGCUGAAUUGGGACUCAAUGAUACUGAUGCAACAUUUAAACCAAUCAACUUUGUGGACAGAUUCACUCAGGAUGAUAAUAUCUACUUCUUUACUGUUUUAACAAUCGGUAUAUUUAUUUGGUGUUUAACCAGAAACAUUGCCUUUUUUGCAGUUUGCAUGAAAGCCUCAGUGAAACUUCAUGAUCGACUUUUCAAGGCAAUUGUUAGAGCACCCAUUGGAUUUUUUGAUACAAACCCUAUUGGAAUAGUGCUCAAUCGAAUCUCUCGUGACAUGGGAUUCAUUGACGAUUUCCUUCCUUCAUCCCUUUUUGAUACUAUUUACAUCUUCUCUAAUAAUUUAGCAUCAAUAGUACUUAUGGCUGUGGUCAACCCUUGGCUACUUUUGCCUGCUUUCUUAUUAUUAAUUGCUUGCGUUUUUGUCAGGUCUCGCUAUGUUAAUAUUGCUUUAGAUACUAAACGACUUGAAGGUGUAACCAAAUCCCCAGUUUUUUCACAUUUAUCUACAUCUGUUUAUGGCUUAAGCACCAUUCGUGCCUUCAGAGCUCAGGAAAAAUUCAAAAUGAUAUUUGAUAUGUAUCAAGAUGAACAUACAUCUGCUUACUUUACUUGGUUGGCAUCGACAAGAUUUUUUGUUGCCGCCAUUAAUGGUUUAUUGGUUAUUUUCACUGGGCUUAUCGUGUUUACCGUACUAAUUGCUCUUGAUUCCCUAACUGGAAGCUCAGUGGGACUAAUUAUCACUUCAACCUUUGGAAUUGCUAGUUUAACUCAAUGGGGAAUGCGACAGUUAACUGAAGUAGAGACAUUAUUGACUUCAGUUGAAAGAAUAGAUGAGCUGCAAUAUGUCCGACCAGAAGCCGAAUUGGAAGCAACCUUUGAUAAGAAACCACCACCGAACUGGCCUCAACAAGGACAAAUUACAUUUAGACAUGUCUUUUUACGUUAUGACCCUGCAAAACCUCCUGUCCUCAAUGAUCUAACCUUCAGAAUUGAACCUGGUGAAAAGAUUGGAAUUGUUGGUAGAACUGGUGCUGGAAAAAGUUCAAUCAUGUCAGCAUUGUUUAGAUUGAAUGAACCAGAAGGACAUAUUUACAUUGAUGGCAUUGAUAUAUCGACUAUUGGUCUUCAUGAUUUAAGACGAAAAAUAUCUAUCAUUCCUCAAGAACCCGUUAUUUUCACAGGAACAAUGAGAUAUAAUUUGGAUCCAUUCAGUUUGAGAAAAGAUGCUGAAUUAUGGGAUUCACUUGAACAAGUGCAACUACGAAAACCGGUUAAUGAUAUGGGCGGUUUGGAUGCUAUGAUUACGGAUGGAGGUUCGAAUCUUUCGGUCGGUCAAAGACAACUAGUUUGCCUGGCUCGUGCAAUUUUAGCUGGAAACAAAAUACUUGUGCUUGAUGAAGCAACAGCCAACAUUGACCCAACAACAGAUGAAUUGAUUCAACAGACAAUUCGGGAAAAAUUCACUAAUUGCACCGUUUUAACAAUCGCACAUCGCUUACACACAAUUAUGGAUUCAGAUAAAAUUUUGGUCAUGGAUGCGGGGCAAGUGGUUCAAUUUGGUGAACCUGCUGAUCUGAUUGAGGACAAAUUGGGCCAUCUUUACCCAAUGGUUCAAGCUACAGGAGGUAGAACAGCUGAAAGUUUGGUUCAAAUUGCAAUGAAAAACCGAAGAAGACGUGAAUCGAUAACAGAAUCUGCGGGUCACAAUGAUUGCUGUGGAAUCGAUUCAUGAUUAAGUGCCAUACAUUAUAAAAGCAAUCAUUGUAAAUCAAUUAUAAAUCAUAACGAAAAGUAUACAAAAAUUUGAUAUACAGGUAAACUUAAACUUCACUAUAAUGAAACAUUUCUCAAAAUGUUGCAGUUUGAAUCUUGAGAGCGAGUAAUUGUACAUUAAGAUAGUCUCAGAAACAAGUUGAAGUUUCGAGAAAACGAUUAACUUAAACAAAACUGCUUACACAAAAAGCUAUCUCUGUGCAUAUAACAAACAGACUUGGGCUCAUUGAAUAAACAACGAAAAAAUGAA